AUGGAAAACAUGUUAUUAUCGAUGCUCCAAUUCACAGUGGAACUGAAUAUCGUGUUUUUCUACCACAUCGCCAGGUGGCGUUAUGCUAGGGAAACGCAGCUAGUCGGGGAGGGACGUAUUUAUAACCUCAUUAGAAUUCCCGGCGACGAGACCCUUAAUUAA